CACUCUUCCUCCGUCGGAAACCAUGGGGUCCCCCCCACCGGUAUCUGAUCCUUGUCCGUCUGCUGAUGUACCAUUAUCGGAUCCAAUCCCAGUAUCUCAAGCCCCUAAGGUGUUGAAAAGACGCUAUUGGCAUAUAACGGAUAUCCCUUUAGUGGUGAAUGAAUGGAGUCCAGAGAUGAUCCAAGAGAGGCCUAAUCUCUCUAUGAUGCCGUUAUGGGUGGAUCUUAAGGGAGUUCCUGGCCAUCUCUUUUCGCACAUUGGUCUACGGUUUUUGGCUGACAUAACAGGCAACUUUGUUAAGAUGUUGAAAAGACGCUAUUGGCAUAUAGCGGAUAUCCCUUUAGUGGUGAAUGAAUGGAGUCUGGAGAUGAUCCAAGAGAGGCCUAAUCUCUCUGUGAUGCCGUUAUGGGUGGAUCUUAAGGGAGUUCCUGGCCAUCUCUUUUCGCACAUUGGUCUACGGUUUUUGGCUGACAUAACAGGCAACUUUGUUAAGAUGCACCCCAAUACAGAGCAUUGCAUCAGAUUAGAUGUGGCGAGAGUCUUAGUUGAGGUUGAUCUCGAGAAACCUUUAACGGAGGAGAUAUGUGUUGAGGGUGAAUCGGGCAGUGCUUUACUGGGACAAUCAACUAUCCUUGGCUUCCUUCUCGAUGCAAUGGUUGUCUUGGUUAGAGACAAAAAAUCAGAGAUUGUACGAAGUAGUCCUGGAUCUGCAGGGGAAUCGUUGGAAGUGGUAAAAAGUUUGAUGACUGAUCUUGAUUCACUUAAAGCUUUGCCAGUGGUUGUGUCACAGAGUGAAACUCUGAAAAUUCAAGACUUAGUGGUUCAACAAGGUGAAAUCGUAGAAAUGCAGAGUAUAGGGGUAGUUGAGGUUGCUGGUAAAGAGCGGGACUCAGAAGAAGGUUGGUCUGUGGUCGCUCGGCGGGGUAAAUCAGUCUGUCCUCGGAAAUUACCAGAUUAUUCGCUUGGCAUGAGUAGUGAUGCAGGGAAACAUAAAUAAUCUCCAACAGGUUUCAGUGUUCUUGCUGACAUUCCAGAAGAAGGUGAGAUUGUGGAAACAAGACGGUUUUAGAGGGUACCUCGGAUGUGGGUGUGGAAGAUUAGGUCCAGGCUGCAAGACGCAAAU